AUGCAAUUCACCGGACUUGUUACGAGCGUUGCCCUUGCGGGUACUGCUCAGGCCUUCGCUUUGCCAUAUAGCGGAUACGGCCGCCACGAUGAGACUCCCGAGGUUUACAAGCCCGAGGAGACGUCAUACGAACAUCACCCUGAGUACCAGCCUGAGUAUAAGCCAGAGUACCAGCCAGAAUACAAGCCAGAAUACAAGCCAGAGUACCAGCCAGAAUACAAGCCAGAGGAGUACAAGCCAGAAUAUAAGCCAGAGGAGUACAAGCCAGAAUAUAAGCCAGAGGAGUACAAGCCAGAGGAGUACAAGCCAGAGGAGUACAAGCCAGAAUAUAAGCCAGAGGAGUACAAGCCAGAGGAGUACAAGCCAGAGGAGUACAAGCCAGAGUACAAGCCUACCCAAGCCGCUUACUACAAGGCUGAGGAAACCUCAUACUCUGCUGAGUACAAACAGGAAUACAAAGUAAGUGUUUACCGAUUCAUCUUACAUUGUCAAUAUUGGGGGAUCGGAAGACGCUGAAUCUUUCUUUAUCCUUCUACUUUUAUCUUUUUCUUUUUUUGGGAGAGGAACGCUGACUUCGAAUUUCUCGUAGCCUGAAUACAAGCCAGUCGAGACUCCCUACUACAAGAAAGAGGAGUACAAGUCUGAGGAGUACAAGCCAGAAUACAAGUCUGAGGAGUACAAGCCAGAGUACAAGCCAGAGUACAAGCCAGAGUACAAGCCAGAAUACAAGCCAGAAUACAAGCCUGAAUACAAGCCUGAGGAGUACAAGCCUGAGUAUAAGGCUGAGGAGUACAAGCCAGAGGAGUACAAGCCAGAAUACAAACCUGAGGAGUACAAGCCAGAAUACAAGGAGUAUAAGCCAGAGGAGUACAAGCCAGAAUACAAGGAGUAUAAGCCAGAGGAGUACAAGCCAGAAUACAAGGAGUAUAAGCCAGAGGAGUACAAGCCAGAAUAUAAACCUGAGGAGUACAAGCCAGAAUACAAGUCUGAGGAGUACAAGCCUGAGUAUAAGGCUGAGGAGUACAAGCCUGAGUAUAAGGCUGAGGAGUACAAGCCAGAAUACAAGCCAGAAUACAAGCCAGAGGAGUACAAGCCAGAAUACAAGCCAGAAUACAAGCCAGAAUACAAGCCUGAGGAGUACAAGCCUGAGUAUAAGGCUGAGGAGUACAAGCCAGAGGAGUACAAGCCAGAAUACAAACCUGAGGAGUACAAGCCAGAAUACAAGGAGUAUAAGCCAGAGGAGUACAAGCCAGAAUACAAACCUGAGGAGUACAAGCCAGAAUAUAAACCUGAGGAGUACAAGCCAGAAUACAAGUCUGAGGAGUACAAGCCUGAGUAUAAGGCUGAGGAGUACAAGCCAGUAUACAAGCCAGAAUACAAGCCAGAAUACAAGCCAGAGUACAAGCCAGAGUAUAAGGCUGAGGAGUACAAGCCAGAGGAGUACAAGCCAGAAUACAAACCUGAGGAGUACAAGCCAGAAUACAAGGAGUAUAAGCCAGAGGAGUACAAGCCAGAAUACAAGCCUGAGGAGUACAAGCCAGAAUAUAAACCUGAGGAGUACAAGCCAGAAUACAAGUCUGAGGAGUACAAGCCUGAGUAUAAGGCUGAGGAGUACAAGCCAGAAUACAAGCCAGAAUACAAGCCAGAGGAGUACAAGCCAGAAUACAAGCCAGAGGAGUACAAACCAGAAUACAAUCCAGAGUAUAAGCCAGAGGAGUAUAAGCCAGAGUACAAGCCAGAGUAUAAGUCGGAGGAGUACAAGCAUGGCUCAUACAAAACCUACCAGUACAAGCCACAGGCUAAGUACACCCCAGAGCCACAAUACACCUCUCACAUUGCCACCCCCACUUACAUCGCUCCCGUCUCUUUUGCCUCUGAAAUUCGCUCCGCCGUCACUACCGAGACAACCCCGGUAGAUGAGGACAACGCUGCAGUUCAGCGACGUGGAGACUACCAGCCAGAGUACAAGCCAGAAUAUAAGGAGGAGUACAAAUCUGUCGGGUACAAGCCAGAAUACAAGCCAGAAUACAAGCCAGAGGAGUAUAAGCCAGAGUACAAGAAGGAGGAGUACAAAUCUGCUGAGUACAAGCCAGAAUACAAGAAGGAGGAAUACAAAUCUGCCGAGUACAAGCCAGAAUACAAGAAGGAGGAGUAUGAAACUGCCGAGUACAAGACCCCUGAGUAUAAGGCUUACAAGCCAACUGCAACCCCAUACAAGUUCGGUUAUAAGCAUGCUGCUACCAAGGGUUAUUCUACAUCUGCAGCAUAUACUACCCCAUAUGCUACUAAAGGGUAUGCUGCCGAAAAGGCUUACGUUACACCUGCACCAUAUGCCACCGGGUAUCCUGCUCAAGGAUAUGCUGUUGGAACUGGCGUAAGUGUAUUCCAUGCAACCUCUACAAUGACUUACUAAUUUUUUACAGUCUUACCAAACUAUCGUUGUCACUGAGACCGUGACUGCGUAAGUUAUACCCCCACGAAUUCUUUUGCUAUUUUUUCCGCUAUUUGUCGCAAUUUGUUUCAAUUCCCCACCCGUUUAUUCACAAAACUUGUUCAUGGUUUUGCCUUCUCUUUGAUCGUUUUUUGGCAUCUUUACUGACCAUGUACCCUCGCUUAGCCCAGAUAACUCUACCCAAACCGUCACCGAGACCUAUACCGUUCCAUCUGCCUAUCAAACCGGAGCUGGACCAUACUCCAACAACACUUCCCCAUAUAACACUUCCCCGUAUGACACUUCCUCAUAUAAAUCUUCCUCAUAUAAAACUUCCCCAUAUUCUAACACCACUUCCUCAAACAAUGGUGGAUCAAGCGGCAAUUCUUCUGGAUCUCAAACCGGAGGAAACGGAGGUGCUCAGAACGGUCAGAACGGUCAAAAUGGUCAAAAUGGCCAGAACGGUCAGAACGGCCAGAAUGGUCAGAAUGGCAGCAAUGGAGGAUGCAAAACAUGCCCUGGAAGUGGUAACACUUCGCCAGCUCCAGGUCCUUCAGGUGGUUCUUCAGAUGGUUCUUCAGGUGGUGCUUCAGGUGGUGCUUCAGGUUCUUCAGGAAGCUCCGGAAACUACACUGCUCCAUCCGGCCCACCAGCCCCAUCCAACCCUGACUCUGGAUCUGGAUCUGGAUCAUCUGGAUCUGGAUCAUCUGGAUCCUCAGGCUCAGGCUCCUCAGGAAGCCCAGGCUCUUCAGAAUCCUCAGGAUCUUCGGGCUCUUCUUACCCAGGCAGCUCAGGAAACUCCUCCGCACCACUCACCACCAGCAACGGUGUUGCCAUCGCCUCCACCUCCUUCGGUGCCAUCGUUGCCAUCGCUGCUGCUUUCUUCCUUUUGUAA